AUGGCUCUGGCAUAUAUCCCCUUAAGAGAGCUUGCUCUACCAGACCAUUGCACGCCAACCACUUCGCUCUUGUCCAGCCUUUCCUCACAAUUGGGAAUCUGCGUACCCACUCCUCUGGCUGCGUUGUCGACGCUGCUCGGCACCCUGUCGAUAGUGUCAUGGCUAUUUGCACAGAUGCCUCAGAUAUUCAAGAACUACCGGAUCAAGUCUACUGCUGGGUUGUCGAUAUUCUUCCUAGGCGAAUGGCUACUCGGCGAUUUGACAAACUUGCUGGGUGCCGUGUUCACUAGGCAGGCGGGCUGGCAAAUCAUUAUAGCCAGCUACUAUGUCUUCGUGGAUCUGUGCCUGGUCAUCCAAUACUUCUGGUACAGUCAUUUCGCCAAAUGGAUCUACGAGGAGAGCCUUCACUCGUCUGGAAGCAGCGAUAUCGACGAUGCAGACAGUGCCAUCAUUAAUGGACUUUCUCCAAUCAACACCCAGUUUGGUGACGAUGGCCCGCUUCCUAGAGACUCUGACGACCACUCUUCCAAGCGAUCCACUCCUACGAAUAUUAAUGCGCCCCUCUUUUCCUCUGUGAGCUACGGAGAGAAGAAAGGCUCCGGCACCCAGGACAUCGCCUAUGGCGACAAAAUGGCAUCAAGUUGGUUAGCUUCGCCCUCCCCGCGUACGCUGCUGUAUGCAGCAACCAUGUCGUCGCUCGCUUCCAAUGUAGCAGCCGCCCCUGUCCCCUUCCCUUCGGAUCACUAUGUUCACGGCAUACACCUUCUCCGCGUCGACACGCCUCUCGAAAUUGUAGGAACCAUUUUGUCCUGGUGCUCGACCUUGCUCUACCUUGGCUCACGAUUGCCUCAACUCUACAAGAACUGGCAGCGUCAAUCGACUGCUGGUUUGUCCCCACUCCUGUUCUUCGCCGCUUUUUGCGGGAACUUCUUCUAUUCUGCCUCCAUGAUCACGAACCCGAAUGCAUGGUCAGACUAUAAGCCACAUGGCCACCACGGCUGGGUCGAUGCAGAUGGGAAUCAAAGGUGGGCAUGGGUCGCGAGAGCAGCUCCAUUCUUCCUGGGCGCAGCCGGCGUCCUGUUCAUGGAUGCGAUGAUGGGAGUUCAGUUCAUGCUGUACGGUGAAGAGGAGGAGAGACUUGUGAAAGUCAGGGAUAGCCAUGGCUACAGCCACUGGGAAAGGGUCAGCGGAUGGAUGCGAGGUUGGAUCCCCAGCAUCGCAGGAAAAGAUAAGGUGGUAGACUUGGCUCAGAGCCAGCGGCUAUUAAACGAGAGCGGGCAUCUCAGCAUGAGUCGGCGCAGAAGUCAUCAUCACGUGGAAUACGGUACGGUAGAGUGA